AAAUAUAUCAGUUGAAAGCAUAUCUCUAGACAUGUCCAAGAGUAGAGAUAUGGAAUUAAGUUCUACGGCAUUUGAGAGGAUGAGCAAACUUAAAUUCCUCAAAUUCUAUAGUCCUUAUGACCACCGACAAGAACUAUAUGCUGCCUGCAAAAUAUGCAAUAUAUCCCUGUCCAAAGGGUUCAGUUUCUUACCAGAUGAGUUAAGAUAUCUGUAUUGGCAUAAAUACCCUUUAACAUCUCUGCCCUUGAACUUUUGCCCAGAUAAUCUUGUUCAGCUUCAUUUGAUACGUAGCCAUGUUCAACAACUUUGCAACAGAGAUCAGUGUCUUGAAAAUUUGAAAGUUUUGGACCUCAGCUACUCUGUGGAGCUAAUCAAAAUUCCAGACUUGUCUGAACUCCAAAAACUUGAGGUUUUACGUUUAAGAGGCUGCACCACUUUGGUUGAGAUUUCCUCAUCUAUUCCAUAUGACAGCAACCUUUCACAUAUGGAUCUUGGAAAUUGCAAAAAUCUCUUCAAGAUUUCAAGCACCAUUAAGUUGAGAAGACUUAAUUUCCUUUCUCUUGAAGGUUGCUCAAGAAUCACAGAUUUUCCAAAACUUACAAAGAGUAUACAGCAUCUUAAUUUGAAUGGAACUUCAAUAGAAAAAGUUCCCUCGUCAAUUGGGCGUCGCAUUUCACUCACUCUUUUGUCUUUGGAUGGAUGCACAAGGCUGGAAAGUGUUCCGAGCAGUAUUGGUGAGUUGAAAUGUCUCGAACGUCUUAAUCUUACUGGAUGCUCGGAACUGGCAAGUCUUCCAAACAAUAUAGGCGAAUUGAAGUGUCUGAAACGUCUUUAUAUGAUUGGAUGCUCAAAACUAAUGAACCUUCCAGAUGGCAUUGUCAAUUUGACGUCUCUUGAAGUCCUUGUUAUAUCUAUGUGUCAACUUCUCAAUGGAUUACCAGAGAACUUUGGGAAUUUAGAAUCUCUGAAGGGGAUUUUUUGCAAGCGAAAGUGGUAUAAAGGCGCUACCAAUAGAUUGAGCAAACUUGUUGAAUUAGAUUGCCGAGGAUGCGAAGGAUUAAAAUUGCCUCCUUUCACAGGUUUAUCCCGUCUAGAAGUUCUUUCUCUUGAGGAUUGUGGUAUGGAAGAAAUUCCCGACGGUAUUUCCUCUUUAGUUUCAUUGGAGAAGCUACUUUUAGAGGGAAAUAAUUUGGAGAGGCUGCCUACCACCAUCAAAGAAUUCUCUAAGUUACGAAUGCUCUAUUUAAGGAACUGCGAGAGACUUAAAUAUUUACCUGAUCUUCCGCCAGCUCUACAACAUUUAGAUUUGACCAAUUGUACAUCUCGGGAAUCAAUACUAACAUCAGUCACAAAAGGAAAUUUGGAUUCGUUAUGGACGCUUGAUGCAAGUAAUUGCGAGAGUCUGGAUCAGAAUGAGUGGAGAAACUUUGUAGAUAAUAUGCUACGGAGACUUGAAAGUUUAUUGCCACAGCUGAAACUCUCUACUUUAAAACAAUUUCAGAAAUGGGGGAACAGAAGUGUUUUUGAGUACUCCGCUAUGUAUCGUGUCGAUGGAGGUGAACUGCCUCAAAGAAUGAGGUAUCAAAAUAACAGUGGGUCAACUGUGCCAUUCUCAUUGAGACUGGAUCCAUGGGACUUCAUGGUUCUCGUCUUUUGCGCUGUUGCUGUAUUGAAAGAUUGCCCUUCUCGUGCAGUCCCAGUUAUGAUAUGUAAAUGCAGAUUGACAGCCGAGUCUGGACGUUCCCUUUGUUUCGAAUCAUAUGGUAGGGAUCUAAAUAAAACUGACCAAAUGUUCGGAUCAGAACAGACUAUCACUUGGUUUUCAACAGUAAAGCCAAUCUACUCUAAAUACAGUUACAAAAGGGCCUCAUUUGAAUUUUACCCUACCUUAUUAUAUGAAUUCGGUUAUGAAGACGAAUAUGAAGACCAAGAAGGUGUAAUAAGCUCUAGUGCAGUGGUAAUCAAGUGUGGAGUUCAUGUGUUGUAUGAUGAUAAUGACAUUAACCUCCCUUCCUUUAUAGACAGCGACACACCAAGCGAAUCUCUUUUGCCACAUUGCAGUUUCAACGAUUUCGAAAUCAAGGAGGAAGAGGAAGAGGAAGAGGAAGAGGAAGAGGAGGAAGAGGAGGAAGAACAAGUGAAUUGUGGAUUGAUAAAACGUGUGUAAGGAUAACUGAGAAGCUUUUGCUUAAAUAUUGUGGAUUCAAUAUUUCACGCACAUUUCUCAGCAGUUGCACACUAAAGAAUAACGAAAUUGCAUUGGAAAAUCUUAAUUGUGCAAAUAGCAACAGUUGUAAGACAUACAAAUUUCUUUUUAUUUUUUUAAAUUUUCAUUCUUAUUCUCAGAGUAACAUUGAACCUUUCCAUUUUUUGCUUUUAAUAAAUAUACAUAUAGAGAUAUAUAUAUUCCCAAAACAUAGCUGGAGUCUUAAUUUGAUAACCCAUACUCUUUUAAGCAUUGAGAUUUAAUCAAAUGUUUUGAUUUUUUCUUUUUCUGUUGUUUAAUUCUGCCAUAAAAUUUGGAGAGGUU